AUGACUGCUUACACUACACCAGUCUCCUCUCCUCUUGAUCCCUCAAUUAAACUAAAAGCUAAGGAAGGAGCACCUUUGUCUGAUCCCACUUUUUACAGACUGUUGGUUGGGGAGUUGAACUUCCUCACCAAUACUAGACUAAAUAUAGCUUAUGGAGUGCAACACUUGAGCCAAUAUAUGGAAGAUCCUAGAGAGCCUCAUCUUCAGGCUGCUUAUCACAUGCUUAGGUACUUGCUCAAGGAUCCUACUUUGGGAAUCUUCAUGUCAAGUGAUGCUAACUUCUCAGUUCAGGCCUAUUGUGAUUCUGAUUGGGCUGCCUGCGCUGAUUCUAGGAAGUCAGUGUCAGGUUAUAUUAUUUUAUUGGGUGACAACCUCAUUAGCUGGAAGUCUAAGAAGCAAGAGACCAUUUCACUUUCUUUAGCAGAAGUAGAAUACAUAUCUAUCAGGAAGUCUACCCUCCAUAUUGCCAGAAAUCCUGUGUUCCAUGAGUGGACUAAACACAUUGAAGUCGAUUGUCACUUUGUGAGAUCCAAGCUCCAAGAAGGUCUCAUUUCGCUUCAUCACAUAAGGACCGGUGAUCAGCUAGCUGACAUCCUCACAAAAUCUCUCACUGGGAUCAAACAUGCUACUAUUCUGGGCAAGUUGGCUGUGCUUCCCUCACAUCCUACUGUAGCAGUUAGUUAUUAG